AUGAGCCGCUGGCAGCAUACAUUCUUACUUCUUACAGCAUUGUUGCUUUCCUCCGCCAGUGUGUGCUUUCUUGCCGAUGCCACCGCCACCUCCCCAGACGUGCACCACUGCAGCUUCGACGACGUGAUGUACAAAAAGGGUGUACAAAACAUUAUAAAGAUUGUACCCAAGCAAGGAGAGGAGAGUAUACAGCCAUACUUAGUUUCCACAGACGAUGAAUGGGGCACCAUCCGCAUCAAUGUGUCUAUGAAGGAUCUGCAGAGCGAAUCAAAGUAUUGUAAGAAGGGAGAUGCAGAAAAACGUGAAACCCGACCGGACUUCCUUGGGGGAAAUCUUCCGUGCACCAAGGAAGCAGAAAUUACUCCUGAAAAGAUGAAAAAUCUUACGGAUGUAAUUAUUCCUGAGGCUGUUAAGCUUCAUGCUCAACGUCUUGAAGUGGUACACGUGAAGGAACCAUUUAAAGUUCCCGAUUUCACCAACGAUGACAGUGUGUGUAAGUAUUUCACGGUGCCUGAGGACCACAAGGAGAGUGGAGUGCCCAAUGCCGAUAUGGUGCUUUAUGUGGCUGCUGGACCUGGAAAGACUUUCGCUGCCCCUUGUGCCACAGCAGAGGAUGGUCGCCCAGUUGUAGCUGCCAUGAACUUUGCCUACUUCAAUCUUACAAAUGUGAGGGUCUAUACUCGCUUUGCUGCACAUGAGAUUGCACAUGCUCUCGGUUUCAGCUUCUACCAGAUGAACAAGCUCAACAUGACGAGGGCCACCAAAAAUGUGGAGAGGAAAGUAUACGCGGUGGUGGUCAGUUCCACACGGACGAAGGAGGAGGCACAGAAGCACUACAACUGUACCACCAUUGACGGUAUGGAGUUGGAAGAUGAGGACACCGCGAAGGGGACGGUGUUGUCGCACUGGAAGAUGAGGAACGCGAAGGAUGAGUUGAUGAGCACACGUCAGAUGGCCAGCGCAGGACUGUAUACAGUGCUGACACUUUCUACAUUUCAUGAUAUGGGAUUUUACAGGGCAAAAUUUGAUAUGGCCGAGUCCAUGACAUGGGGAAGCAAUAUUGGAUGCUCGCUAAUGGAUGGGAUGUGUGUGAAUGAAAGUGAUACGAUCGACAGCUGGACAAAGAAAAAGUGGAAGGUUCCCAACUUUCCAUCACUCUUCUGCGACACUGUGAGGCACAGAUUCCCCUGCACAACAGACCGCCUGGGUGUUGGGACGUGCGAGCCGGAAGAAAAUAAGUGGUGGACGCAGCCAGAGGGGUGUCCAGUUGUUGUGCCUUAUUUUGACUCGUUGGACAGCAACACUUACAUCAGCGGCAUAUGCGCCGAUGAAAGCGCCAAACCCACGAUGGGAUCAAUCAAAGGCAGUGACGCGUGGUGCGUGGACGGAAAGGACCUGCGGUACAAGUACAGCUUCGACGACAUAUCCGUCCGUCUCGACAGCGUGUGUGCAAAGAUCAAGUGUGAGGACAAUCAAGUGAAGGUGAAAUAUCUUGGUAAUGAAAGCAAUUGGAUACUCUGCCCUGAAAACCAAUACAUCACCCUGGUAUCCGCUAAUUUUACUGCGGAAAGCCAGAUCAAGUGCCCCAAGUACAGUGAGGUGUGUACCAUGGCCCCUAACGGCAGCAGUCUUGUUGUUCCACAGCCUGCCAAGGAAAAAGAACCAAAAGAAGAAAUAGAUGACUAA